AUGACUGCUAUUACAUUUUUAAAUUUAUUAACCACAUGGUUCCUAUUAAAUAUUUUUAUUUUAACUUUAAUUGCUUUGUCGAUAAAGAUUAUUAGUUUCAGGAAAAUGUCAAUUUUACAUAAUCUUUCAAGCUAUCUUAUUUUACUUUCAUAUAAACUCAGUUUUAGUUUGCUUUUCGUUGUACUACAGACCAGAAAUAAAAUCUAG